GUAUUUUGUGACGUAGUCCAUUGUAACUGCGCAUGCGUGUUUUCUCCGGCACGUGAAGUAGGCAGCAUGGACCAGAAAACACAAGUUGAGCUCGACCGGUCACAGGUGAAGAAGGCCGUUCUAGCACUGCAGGCUUUCUUGAAAUCAAAAUCCGGCGGUGAGUCUCUUUUUCGGGACGAAUCCCAGAAGAUCAGCCUUCUCUUUACCUUCUGGAGGAUCCCCAGGUGGCCUCAGACCAUUCGGAUUCCAUUGCCUCAUGGCGAACGCACAGACACGGAGGAAGUUUGUCUCUUCACCAGAGAUGAGCCCCGAAUGACCACGGAGCAAACUCAGAGGUUUUAUAGGAGGUUGCUGGAAGAGAGUGGGGUUAAAAAUGUUACUGAGAUAAUUCCCUACAAUGUCCUGAAGACGGAGUACAAACCAUUUGAGGCUAAACGACGUCUUUUGGGGAAUUUUGACUUGUUCCUCUCAGACAAUCGAAUCCGGCGCCUUUUGCCAUCCCAUCUCGGAAAGCAUUUCUACAAGAGGAAAAAAGAGCCGCUUUCUGUGAACCUGCAGAGCAAGCAUCUGGCCCGUACACUCCAGAGCACUAUCCAGGGCACCAGUGCCAAGGUCACCAACAAUGGCCCUUGCUGCAUGGUACGUGUUGGCCACGCUGGCAUGGCUGCAGACGAGUUGAUGGAAAAUAUCACGGUGGUUGUCCAAGCUGUGAUGGAAAAACUGCGCGAGGGACCAGCGAUGAAGAUUAUCCACUUAAAGAGUGAACGUUCAGUGGCUCUGCCAAUCUACACGUCAGACCUGACCCACCUCACUGAGCCCAGAGCUGCGAAGGUGAAGAAACGCAAGGUGAAAGCGAAGGCGGCUGCAGGCACGAAAGCAACAGAGGACACAAAACAAACUGCAGGGGGCGAACAGCAAAAGCGGAAAAAACGGAAGGUAGAGAAGGACGAAGAUGAGGAAGAAAUACCACAGCUGGUUCCCAUGGAGACCGGCCGCAAAAAGCCUAAACUGCAGUCAAAAAAGAAGAAAACAACCAAGCCUGGUGCAAAGAAACAAGCAGCCAAGAGAGGUGGCAAGACUAAACCCAAAGGAAAAGGAAGAGUACCGAAAGUCAAAUAAUACUUUAUUUUGUAAUAUUAUCAAUAUAUUGGAAUUGUCACAUCUUGUCUCUGCUUAACUGAAGCAUGUACAAUUAUCAACCAAUAAACAGGCAUGGCCGCUCAUGUUCAUGAUA